AUGUCUUCACGAAAAGCCAUUCUGGCUCUCCCAACAAGAGCAAUUUGUGCUCGCACGCCAACCUUCACCGCACCUCGUCAACACCUUCGAGCAGAAUCAACAGCUUCUUCCACUUCAGCCCUCGCAUACAAAGCUCUCCACAGGCGCAUAUACCCUCUUCCAACCUCAGAUUCCCCGCCAUCAUGGUCAGCCCAAGCAGCUGUUUCCAACAUCCUCUACGAGACGCCCUCACCUUCAAUCGCACCACCUAAACGCCACAUCCUGAAUUGCCUCGUGCAGAACGAACCUGGCGUGCUCUCCCGGGUCUCCGGUAUCCUAGCAGCUCGUGGCUUCAAUAUCGACUCCCUCGUUGUCUGCCACACCGAAGUCGAAGACCUAUCUCGAAUGACGAUCGUGCUCUCCGGCCAAGAUGGAGUUGUCGAGCAAGCACGUCGCCAACUUGAAGAUCUGGUACCCGUUUGGGCAGUGUUGGACUAUACAACCGCUCCUUUGGUUCAACGAGAACUUCUGCUAGCCAAAAUCAACAUCCUAGGUCCAGAAUACUUUGAGGAAUUACAAGCUCAUCACAGGGAGAUCACGGCUAAUGAUGUGGAGGAAGGACAAGGUGGAGAGGAGUGGGCUGAUCAGCGUCUGGAGCAGCUGAGAGAAUCGAAUGACUUCCACCCCAGCAAGUUGGCGCUCAGUCAGGCUAUGAGGCAUAAGCAUGAGCACCUGAAGAGCAUUACGUACUUCACCCAUCAAUUUGGUGGGAAAGUGCUGGAUAUUAGCACGAACAGCUGUAUUGUUGAGGUCUCCGCAAAACCAACCCGAAUCGACUCCUUUAUGAAGCUCAUCGCACCUUUCGGAAUUCUCGAGUCAGCACGAACCGGUCUGAUGGCACUUCCCCGUUCACCGCUCUACGGUCCGAACGAGCAAGAGACACUGAAGGAAGCAGACGAUAUUGUGGACGCAAGUACAUUGCCCCCUGGAUAG